CUCGAAUUUUCUUCUCACCCUCUGACAUACAUCACGCAUACAGAGAGGGCGUUGAUUUCACUAUCUCGCACGUGGCGGUGCGGGCGUCGCCUUGAACGCACUGUGUAUAUGCUGUGCGUUGACAGUGUUUCCCUAGUUUCUGCAGCGAUGGCAGAGAGGGCGAACAAGAUUCAAAACGACGACGUCGCUUCGAACUUCGCGCGGACCUUUCUCCGCUCAUGUCAGGAUGAAAUACCGACACCUAUCCGAGGAAAAACAACCGGCAGUAUUCCCUCUUGGCUUCGUGGCUGCCUUCUGCGAAAUGGACCGGGCAUGCUAGAUGUCGGUCCAGACCGCUACAAUCAUGUGUUUGAUGGCCUAGCGAUGCUUCAGAGGUUCGCUAUUGAUGACGAUGGUAUAACUUAUCAAACCAAAUUCUUGAGAAGUGAAGCGUACGUGAAGAAUACGCGGGCUAAUCGUAUCGUCGUCAGCGAGUUUUGUACGGCAGGACACACAGAUCCAUGUGCCAGCAUCUUCCAGAGGAUGUCGUCCUUUUUCGUGCCUGGUUUCUCGGACAAUGCCCUCAUCAACGUUAUGCCCAUAGGUGACUGGUACUACGCCAUGACAGAGACCCCGUACCUGCACAGGAUUGAUCCAGCCAAUUUGGAUACAUUGACACGCUUUGAUUUGCGUCAAGUUGUAGCCGUGAACACUGCAACGGCACAUCCGCUUAUCGAUCCUACUGAUGGAGCAACGUACAAUGUUGGAAGCUCAAAGGGCGGCUACGCCGUAGUCAAGUUUCCCCCAGGUGAGUCUUCGAUAGGCCGUGCUGAACUCGUAGCGACGGUUCCCUUACGUCGAAGGACGCAUCUAGGAUAUAUUCAUAGCUUUGGCCUUACGGAACACUACAUUAUAAUCCUGGAACAGUCACUGACUGUCAACGUUCUAAAGCUCGUGCUUGCACCUGUACGUUCGCAGACUUACUCCCAAUGUUUUGAGUAUGAUCCGGACCUGCUGGUCUGUUUCCACGUCGUAGAGAAAGAAACUGGGAAACAGUUGGAGACGAAAUAUGUCACGGAAUCUUUUUUUAUAUUUCAUCACAUCAACGCUUAUGAGAAGGACAAUCACAUUGUCGUCGACCUGUGUUGCCAUAAAGACGACAGUGUAUUUCCAACGCUUAGCACCGAUGUGUCUGAGAGACCAACUACGCCCCUACUUGCCACUCCAAGGCGGUACGUUCUACCGCUGCAACCCGACAACACGGCGAAAGAAGGCGGAGCGAACAUGGUAGGCCUCCCGGACACUACUGCUACCGCAACUUCCAGAGAAGAUGGGACAGUCUACUUAAGGCACGAGGACCUUGGACCACAAGAGUACCCCUUCUUUUGUGAGAUGCCACGGAUAAACGAUCUGUACGUCGGGAAGUCGUACCGCUACUUUUAUAUUGUAGCGGAAUGGGAAGGGUCCGAAACGGCGUUGAUGAAAGUGGACCUUGAGAAGAAGGCACGUCGGACGUACAGCAUACAAGGGUGGACGGCCACAGAACCUCUGUUUGUUCCUAGACUUGGUGCUUCCUCUGAAGAUGACGGUAUUGUGUUGUCGGUGUUCCUGAACACCGCGGAAGAGCAAAUGGUGACGUUGGUGAUCCUAGAUGCUGAGAACUUUGAAGAACUGGCGAAGGCAGAGUUUGUGACACCUGUAGUUGUUCCUUCCUCGUUUCAUGGAUGGUUUGAUGGCAUCGAAUAAUAUUUUGUUGUAUUCCGUUAAAAUAGGUUAUAAUGAACUAUUGUCAUUGAUCCAUGUUGCACGCUUGCCAAAUAAAGAAAAGUUGAAUAAAUGUCUGAUAAAUAAUGCCA